AUGUCUCUAUCAAAACCAAGUGGUAGUAAUAAACGAAAAAUUACCGAUGAACAUCGUCAGUUUAAAGAAAAUCGGGAGUUACAAUAUUUUUGCAGUGAAAUCAAUAAUAAAAUACUUUGUUUAAUAUGUAAAAGUGUUAUUAGUGUUCCAAAGUUGUACAACAUUAAGCGACAUUAUGAACAACAUAAGUCAAAAUACGACCAGUAUGAAGGGUUAUUGAGGCAAGAAAAACUGAAAGAGUUUUUAUCAGGGUAUAAAAAACAACAGAUAAUGUUUACUAAAAUACCACAAGAAAAUGAAGCUGCAGUAAAGGUUAGUUACGUGUUGUCAGAGUUAAUUGCAAAACAUUCGAAACCGUUCACUGAAGGUGAUUUUAUAAAAACGUGUUUGAUUAAAACUGCUGAAAUUAUUUGUCCCGGAAAUCUAAAAGCUUUUCAAAACAUUUCAUUAUUACGAAAUACGGUUGCUGAACGAAUAACUGAACUAGCAUGCAAUUUGAGUAAUCAAAUUAAAAUUAAAAUACCUACAUUCGAGUAUUUUUCAAUCGCUUGUGAUGAAAGUACCGAUAUUGGUGGCACAGCUCAGUUAGCUGUGUUUUUUCGUGCAUGCGAUAUGGAAUUUAAUAUUUUUGAAGAGUUAUUGGAAAUUAUACCUAUGUUAGAUACUACUACAGAAGAGGAUGUGUUCGUUUCUGUUUUUAAACUCUUGAAAAAAUAUGAUUUACAUUUGGAAAAAUUAUCAUCUGUAGCUUUAGAUGGAGCUUCUAUGACGGGGAAAAUAAAGGAUUCGUUGAAAGAAAAAAAGCGAAUGAAAAUGUUGAACAUAAAUUUCAUAGGACACAUUGUAUUAUACAUCAAGAGGUGUUAUGUACAAAAGUUAUUAAUAUGGCACAUGUAAUAAGACCUGUAAAACAAAUAGUCAAUUUUAUAAGAUCCCGUGGUUUGAACCAAAGACAAUUUUCGAUUUUUUUUAAACGAUCUAGAAAGCGAGUAUUCAGGUUUACCAUACUUUACAGAAGUACGAUGGUUAUCGUGUUCCACUGUAUUAGAAAGAUUCUGGAACUUAAGAGAUGCCAUUAAAACAUUUUUAGAGUCAAGAACAAGACGUCAGCGUUUUAUCGGAUCCAAUGUGGUUACAAGACCUUCAUGGUCGAUAUAACGAAGCACUUAUCGAAUUUAAAUUUAAAAUUGCAAGGGAAAAAUCAAAUUAUAACAGCCAUUAA